CGUCAAACAAGAAGUUCCGCACACAAGAAAAGUCGUCAACAUCCGCGCUUUGCGUACUUGUCGCAGUAUAGAGAUGACGCGAACGCGGACUUGUGCGUGAGAACUCAGCCAUGACGGUCGAUACACAAACUGCACUUCUGGCCGGGGGCUUUGCCGGCACGACGGUGGACGUUGCCCUGUUCCCCAUGGACACGCUGAAGACACGUCUCCAGGCGAAAGACGGUUUCUGGAAAAGCGGUGGCUUCAGCGGCAUCUACCGAGGCUUGUCCAUCACGGCGAUCGGAUCGUGGCCCAAUGCCGCCCUGUUUUUCGCCACGUACGAAUUCCUAAAACCGAAACUACUCUCCGCAAUCGAGUACUGGACCGUGAAGCCGAGCGCGAGGCAAUUAUCGACUGGGAAUAAUAGUACUGCAGUGACCGCACCGCGGCAUUUGCAGUGGCGAAAUGACUUGAAUGAGAAGUACAAACACCGAUAUAACGGGGGAGCGGACGCGUUUGAUGAGCGAAUGCGACAGGAAAGUGGUGUUGCCGAAGGCUGUUCACACGACGAGCGACAACAGCAUGAUGGAGCAACUGCUUCCUCUAGCGGAAAGAAAACACCUCCAAUUUCUAUCGAGCAAAGUUCCACCAUGCACUUCAGCAGCAAAUACUCGUGGCUUGCGCAUUCCACGGCGGCGGCGUCCGGGGAAAUUGCUGCUUGUUUGAUUCGAGUGCCGACUGAAAACAUCAAGCAGAAGAUGCAGGUGACCGCCGAGAAAUCCCUAUCGCAAACCGCGCAGAUGAUUUUCGACGGGAACGGGCGGGGCUCAGUGCGCGGGUUCUACGCGGGCUUAUCCUCCACCAUCGCACGGGAGGUUCCGUUUGCAUUCAUCCAGUUUCCGAUUUACGAAGGGCUGAAACUCCAUCUCGCUGUGAAUGUGUGGAAGUGCGGGUCCUAUCCUGAGUAAAAACGUACCCACACCAGAGUCACGUUGGCAAAUCUGCUAGACAAAUCACACAGCUUUGGUCGUUUGGCAUGACAAGUUUGUCCUCGUAGUGUAAUCCUGUUUCGCUAGCUCAGAAGCAUUACAGAUCUAGCCUACAAUACUGAUUCUAGCAUAACAAAUUCCAAAACAUAAAUAGAAAAUGCUUCUCAUAGGGCUCUACAUGAGAAACUUUUUUGGCAUGCAGAAUUGCAUGACAACUCUGGGGUGGGUACGUUUUUACAUAGGAUAGGUCCGUCGCGGAACUCAACCCGCUCAUCGUAUUGUGAGGAAAAAUCCCCCCUCCCCAUAUCGAAAACGAAAUCUGUGUUGCUGUAUUUGAGUACACAAAUCGAUUUGUAUUGCUAGAAGGCCAAGAGACGUAGUUGUUCCCUCGUUUGGAGGCAGUUUGUUAUGCUGUUUCCCGUUUCCAGGAAAUUUCUGUCAUGCCAAAGCCGCAAGGCGUUUCUGCGGCAGCCAGCACUACAGUCCGCAUCUCUUCCAUUCUAGCAUUACAACGCGAUUUGUGACCGCAAAUCAGCAUCACAAAUUUCCAUUUUGCUUUGGGGUGGGGGCUUUUUUCACUUUGAUACAUCGGCGCAGCGUGCGGCAGUUUCGGAGGCGCGAUCGCGGCCUUUUUCACGUGCCCUAUGGACGUUGCGAAAACAAGGCUGAUGACGGCGAAGACGAGACAAAUUCGCGACAUGACGAUGCGGGGCAUGCUGCGGAAGAUCGUAGCGGAGGAAGGAUUCAGUGCUCUCUUUUGCGGCGUGGUCCCGCGGGUUUUGUGGGUCGGGGCGGGAGGCUUUAUCUUCUUCGGCGCGUACGAGUUCGCAAAAAGCGCACUACUGGACAAUGCUGUUGCAGUUCCUUCGCAAAGCAAAACAAAACACACUGCUGUGAACGGUGGGUCAUCUCUUUCAGGCGAGGACGUGGUCUUUAUGAAAUUGCAAAUAGGUCGCGCUGAGGGGUAGUGGGAGGAGAAUGUGGUUGCUCGGGUGCAACUAGAGUCUGUUCGAGCGCUCGUGCGUAUUUCCAAC